GCGCUCGGCCGUGUGCUCGGCGCGCUGUGCUGGCUGGCGCUCGUGGCCGCCGCCGCGCUCGCGGGCUGGGGCGCGCACCACGUCCUGCAGGAGGUACAGCAGCUGCAGCGUGGCCACCAGGACCUGGCUGGCCAGCGCGACGAGCUGAGCCGGGGCCUGCACAGCAUGGAGCAGAAGGUGCAGUCACUGCAAGCCACGUUUGGGACACUGGAAUCCAUGCUGCGGAGCUCCCAGCACAAGCAGGACCUCACGGACAAAGCCGUGAGGCAAGGGGAGAGCGAGAUCAGCCGCAUCGGUGAGGUGCUGCAGAAACUGCAGAACGAGAUCCUCAAGGACCUGUCAGACGGCAUCCACGUGGUGAAGGACGCCCGCGAGCGCGACUUCACGUCUCUGGAGCACACGGUGGAGGAGAGGCUGACGGAGCUCACCCGGUCCAUCAACGACAACAUUGCUGUCUUCACCGACAUGCAGAAGCGGGGCCAGGAGGAGCUCAAUGAGGUGAAGGCGAAGGUGGCCGUGCUGGAGGAAGCUGGGGAGGACCGGCAGGCCCUAAAGGCCCUGAAGGCCAUGGUGCAGGAGGUGCAGGGCUCGGCCAAGUCCCAGAAUGAGGAGCUGGUGACCCUGCGCCGCUCCCUGCAGGCCCUGGAGGCCGAGGUCUACAGCGAGGUGCGGGAGCUGGUGAGCCUCAAGCAGGAGCAGCAGGCCUUCAAGGAGGCGGUAGAGGCUGAGCGCCUGGCUCUGCAGGCGCUCACCGAGAAGCUGCAGCGCUCGGAGGAGGCCACCACACACCUCCCAGACGAGGUCAGGAGGCUGCAGGAGGAGCUGAGCCAGCUUAGGGCUGAGACCCUCCGGCUUGGGGGGGACAGUGACUCUGGACAUUCAGAUAGCCUGAAUGCCCUGCUACAGAGUGGCCAGGCCCUGGACUCCAGGCUGCAGGGGGUGGAGUCAGGGGUGCAGGCCCUACGGGAGGCCUCUGCGCACCAGGCCGAGAGCCUGCAGUCACUGGUGUCUAGCAGCCAGGACCAUGAGGAGCGCCUGGCCACGCUGCAUGGCCGCCUGCAGAGCCUGGGGCCCGAGGUGGACAGGGACGGGCUGGCCAGCACGGUGCAGAGCUUGGGUGAGGCUCAGCUGGCACUCUAUGGCGAUGUGGAGGAGCUGAAGAGGAGCAUGGGCGAGCUGCCCGGCACCGUGGAGUCCCUGCAGCGGGUGCGUGAGCAGGUGCACUCACUGCUCAGGGAGGACCCAGCCGCCCAGCCGCCCGCCUCAGACCUGCUGGACAGGCUGUCCUCGCUGGACAAUCUCAAGUCCUCCGUGAGCCAGGUGGAGUCAGACUUGAAGAUGCUCAGGACUGCUGUGGACAGCUUGGUCACCUACUCGGUCAAGAUUGAGAGUAAUGAGAGGGACCUGAAGGGUGCCUACGCCAACCUAGAUGGCCUGAGGAAAGACCUGGACAGGUUGUUUGUGGAAGUUGAAAGGAUUUACGAAAAGUUCUAAGUGGUUGUGUGUGCAGGGUGAGGAUUUCUAGGCUGGUUUCUUGUGACCAAAAAGUUGUCUCUUCCCGUGUGGGUGCCCCCCACUUUUGGGCCCCCCAAGAGCACUUGUUGCUGGGCACUAUGGUUCUGUGCCUGGUUACCCCAAGCAAUUGCCACACGCGCUGGUUUCUUCGGCCUCUGCUUUUCCUUGUGGUUGGCAAC